AUGGCACCUCAAAAGGCAUCCUUCAAGCUUGACAUGAAAGAAGUUGUACUUAUCAAACCAUCAAAACCAACGCCUUCCUCUUUUCUUUCUCUGUCUACAAUAGAUAACAUACCUGAUCUUAAUAGCCUGUGUCAAACGGUUCAUGUGUAUCGAUCAGCAACUCAUGAUUAUGAUGAACCUGGUUGUCCUAAUGGUCAAUUCCUAGAUCCUGUUCAAGUGAUCAAAGCAGCACUUUCAAAGGCUUUAUUCUAUUAUUACCCUCUUGCAGGUAGGCUAGUAAAGCACACUGAUGGAAAGCUUAGGAUCAAUUGCAGUGCAGAAGGUGUUCCAUUCUUGGAAGCCAACGCUAGUUGCCACCUUUCUUCUCUUCAUUACUUGGAUGGCACCGACAUGGAAAGUGCAAAACAUUUGGUGUUUGACCUACCCUGUCAAGAUAAAAGUGGCGACCAAUAUCCUUUGGUGUUCAAGGUGACAAAGUUUCCUUGUGGGGGGUUUACCAUUGGAAUGGGGCUGUCACAUGCUGUUUGUGAUGGCGUUGGAGCGUCCCAGUUCUUCAGAGCCAUCAUUGAGCUUGCAAGGGGGAAAAGUGAGCCCUCUGUGAAGCCUGUGUGGGAGAGAGAGAGGCUAGUGGGAUCAAUCACUGAACAUCCAUUGCAAAUUGAUUCUCUUGAUGAGGCCUCAACUGCAGUUUCACCCUUUCUUCCAACCAAAGUUCUCAUGCAUGAGUGCAUUAAGGUGGACAGUGAGAGCAUCAGAGGACUCAAGAUGAGUUUGAUGAAGGAAUCAGGUGACAAUGAAAGCUUCACUAGUUUUGAAUCACUUGCUGCAUAUGUGUGGAGAUCAAGAUCUAGGGCCUUAAAAAUGAGCGAUGAUGGGAAAGUUAUGCUGAAUAUCACAGUUGGGGUUAGAAGGAACUUGCUUGAUCCUUUGCCUGAAGGGUAUUAUGGAAAUGCUGUUGUGGAUGCUGAGGUUAUUCUAACAAUGAGGGAACUCAACGAAAGGCCACUCUAUGAGGUUGUGAAGCUCAUUCGAGAAAGCAAGAGGGUUGCUUGUAACAGUGGUUAUGUCAGAAACUUCAUCGACACUUUAGAGACAGAACAAAAGGAUUUCAACCUUGAAGGGAGUGGUUCAUUCACUACCAUGACAGAUUGGAGGAAUUUGGGGUUUUUGGAAAAGGUAGAUUUUGGAUUUCAGGAACUUGUGAAUACUGUACCAGCCCCUCGUGACAUGUUUGAAUCCGUUGAUUUAUGCAUUUUCUCACCUCUUUGCAACUUGGAUUCUUCAAUGAAAGGAGGGUUUAGGAUUUUUGUGUCCCUCCCAAGUGCUGCAUUGCUCAAGUUCAAGGAGGAGAUGGAGGCUCUCAACCUUUUGAUUUGA